UUCAUUCAUUCAUUCAUUCAUCAAAAUCAUUCACCAAACCGCGGCAAAAACACGACACCACAGAAAACAACAAAGACUGGCUGUUGUGCAGCUCCAUCGCGUCGUCUCCUUCGUCACAAACUCACAAGAUUAGCUAAUCCAGCUGAACCGCGCGCGUCAGCCAUGGGGAACCACAAGAAGCUGCUCCAGUUCCUGCGGCCGGACCCGGCGGUGGCGGCGGCGCCGGCGACGAAGUCGUCGUCGUCGACGACGUCGGACGAUGAGGAAGACGACGACUACUCCUACUACGGCGACAACGACAACACGUCGUGUUCCACUCCGACGACGACCGCGAGCGCGAGCACGGCGGCGUCGCCGUACGCCUCGUCCCCGUGGACGCAGCUCCCGGGGCUGAUGAGCCCGCGCAGCGGCCCGGCGGACGACGCGACCAGCAGGCGGCGGACGGGGCUCCUCGGCUCGCUCGUCAAGGAAGGCGGCGGCCACGUCUACUCGCUCGCCGCGGCGGGGGACCUGCUGUACACGGGCACGGACUCGCGGAACGUGCGGGUGUGGCGGGACCGACGCGAGCUGGGCGGCGGGUUCAAGUCCGGCAGCGGCCUCGUCAAGGCCAUCGUCGUGGUGGCCGCCGACGGCGGCCGCAUCUACACGGGCCACCAGGACGGGAAGGUCCGCGUGUGGCGGCGCCGCGCGUCGUCGUCGGAGAAGAAGGGGGAAGAAGACGACCCCGCCGUCGAGCACCAACGCGUGGGGUCGCUGCCCCGGUUCCGGGACGUGCUGCGGAGCUCGCUCCGGCCGUCGCAGUACGUGCAGACGCGGCGGCGCCACAGCGGGCUGUGGAUGCGCCACUUCGACGCCGUCUCGUCGCUCAGCCUUGACGCCGCGGCGGGGCUCAUCUACUCGGCGUCAUGGGACCGCACCUUCAAGGUGUGGCGGGUGUCCGACUCCAAGUGCCUCGAGUCCGUGUACGCCCACACCGACGCCGUCAACGCCGUCGCCGCCGUGGGCUUCGACGCGCUCGUCCUCACCGGCUCCGCCGACGGCACGGUCAAGGUGUGGCGGCGCGGGGCGAAGGCGAACGGGAACAAGAAGAAGAAGAAGAAGGGCCGCCGGGACGACGGGGACACGUGGCACACCAUGGAGCGCGUGCUGCGGGAGGGCGACAGCGCGGUGACGGCGAUCGCGGUGGCCGUGGAGGCCCGCGUGGUGUACGUCGGCUCCUCCGACGGCGCCGUGUCGCACUGGCAGUGGCGGCGGGGCGCGGGACCCGGCGCCGCGCCGAGGAACGGCGGCGCGCUAUGGGGGCACAAGAUGGCCGUGCUGUGCCUCGCCGUCGCCGGCGGCCGCGUCGUCGUCAGCGGGUCCGCCGACCGGACCAUCAACGUGUGGCGCCGCGAGGAAGGCGCCGACCACGCCCGCCUCGCCGUGCUCACGGGACACACGGGCCCCGUCAAGUGCGUCGCCAUGGACCAGGAGGUGGACGAGGACGACGCCGACGGCCCACGUCGGUGGGUCGUGUACAGCGGCAGCCUCGACGGGUCCGUCAAGGUCUGGCGCGUGUCGGACUCGGGCGGCGGCGGCGGUGGAAUCGCGACGCCCGACCUGACGACGACGUCGGCGGCGACCCCCACGCGCUACAGCUGGAAGGGCUCCUCGCCUUCGCCGCUGCGGUCGUGGACGCCGUACGCGGCGGCGGCGACGCCGGAGCCGAGGCACAUGGGCGCGGCAUGAUCGACAAAUGCCGCGCGCGCGCCGUGCGCCGCCGAGAGAGUAGAUCGUAGCUAGCCUAGGCGGCGGUACACGACGGUGUGUACGUACGUAGAAAGUUCGUGUUUUUUUAUACGCCGUAUCUACUUCGUAGUACGUAUGGCGCUGUGUAUUAGAAUGUUGCAUUGCAUCCAUUUGUAGCUAGGAGCUGGCGCGCUGACGUGGCCGGCUGGGUGUGUGGGUUGCGAUGUGGUCGGUGGCCAGUUGCGGCUGGUGGGGCCCGGAGGAUGGUGCGAGAGGAGGGGGUUGUGGAAGCUGCCAAGCAAGCUGCUGGCACGAAAGUUAAAGGCGGGGAGGAAAAUGGGAGGAUUCUAGUUGGAGAUGUGAACGUUUUUUCUGUGUGGUUUUUGGACUUUUUUUGGCUUGCGUUUGCUGGUUUGCAAGAGAAAAGAUGUACAUAUUGAUUUUACUUGUGGCUUGUGGGCAAAGGAAACAAGGAAAAAAAAUGUUGUCGGUUUGCUCCUGUUU